GAUCUGCUAGCGUGAGGAUCGUUCUUACUAAGUUUCUCGCGAGUUGCUAUCUUACGUUACAACUGAGUGCCGGCGCGUAGAACCGUAUCUUUCACUGUGUGCUUUCGAGAUAAUAAUAAAAAAUAUCAAUUACAAGUGCUCAUCGAAGUCUGUUUUCACAUGUAAUACACAGAAUCCAAAUUGAAACAACAGCAGUGGAAACUGAGAAGCGCAUUGUCAAACAGAGUCGCUGUUAGAUACCUAAUUUUACAUAGAGUCAUCGCAUUCGAAUCGGAAGCAUCUGUCGGAUUAAAGUUCCCAGAAAUGUACGCAUGUUUAAACUACCCGGCUUGAAAUAAGUGCUAUCCAUUACAAAGAAAUUAGUGGCUGUCGGAAUGAAGCGAUCAGCUGAACUGCUGCUGCUAGCACUUCAUGUGCUGAACUUCUAUCCAGUAAAAGCUCAACAUGAACAACAGUCACCCUGUAAGGAUGUUUUCACUUAUCAACUGGAUCCCGUAACCGGGCAAAUAUAUGGUUACAUCGAAGUUCGAGACAUCCACGUCGGUCAAGAGGCACAACUACGCGUCGAUCUGUCCAUCCCAACCCAACUACCACCGAACAAUGUUGGCUCUAUCACACUGAUAAAAUCCGAAACGGAAACAUUUAAUGACAUCCUCCGGGGAUAUCCCGCUCAGUAUCGUGUAAACUUCCCCUUGCAACAUUACAUUCCAUCGGUACUCUCCAUUUCCCUCAAUGGACAUAUACUUUGUACCGGGUACCGCACCCAAGGCCGCAUCAUGACCAUAAUAAAUCUCGAACAUAAUUUGCGCAUUCGGUUAGCUGGCCAAAAUGUACCAUUUGCUCCCAACAGCGUUCCGUACAAACGGCCAGAUCAAACAACGCAAGUUCACUAUCAACCGAAACCAGCGUUUCCAGAACCAAUCGUUCCUGCGCCAUCCCCACCGCAGAUCCGAACGACUACACCGAGACCACGCCCUGUCGUCAUACAGCCUCAAACAACAAGUCUACCUGUGCAAUUUUCCACCGCUUCUAACGGGGCAUCGUCGAAUCGCGUAUGCGGUAAACCAGCGAAGUCUUCCUUCAGCAAACUAUCGUUUAACGGCCAAGUGGCGGGGAAAGGACAAUUUCCUUGGGCGGUGCCACUAUUCGAACGUAUUGAUGACGCAGAUCCGGAGUACUUAUGUGGCAGCACAAUCAUCACCAGAAAACAUUUGAUCACUGCAGCAUCAUGCGUAUACAAAACUAAGAGCCUGAUGAAGCCAGACCAGAUUUUUGCAAUACCCGGAUUGUAUAAUCUGGAUGAUGCAGCAGAUGAAAAUGCCGCUGGAAUUGAUGCCAUCAUUCCACACUCUGAUUACGUACCGGAAGGGAAUCUCGGAGACACGAACAUCGCUGUGCUGCGUUUGAGAAGAAACUUACAAUUUUCCGACUACAUUCUACCAGUUUGCCUCUGGGACGGUGAGAAUGGUUUGCAGCAAAUUGUUGGCGAAGACGGUAUUAUGGUGGGCUGGGGUGUUACCGAAACCGGACCAACAACGGUGCCAACUUUUGUCAAACAAACGAUCGUUGAACCGAGGCAAUGCAUCGAGAGUUGGUCACGUAUUUUCUCCAGCAGUGCGCGAGUUUUCUGCGGAGAUGGAAGCGGAUCCGCUCCAUGCUUUGGCGAUGCCGGUAGUGCCCUGGUAAUGAGGAAAGAUAACCGCUUCUAUCUUCGCGGAAUUCUUUCCACCACACAGGUGGAUACUAAUACUCUCAAAUGUGACGUGACAAAAUAUGCGCUUUACACCGAUAUUGCUGACUUCCCGUUCUGGCUGAACGAUGUCGCCAACUAGUGAUAGGCUUUCUUAUUAGUUUGUAUUUUAGCAUCUUAACUUGGUCUUGUCUAAGACAAGCUUAUCUGUAACAAAGUUUAAAUAAAAAGAACUGACUCUA